AUGUCGGAACCCACCAAGAUCAGCAUCUUGGGCCGGGAGAGCAUCAUCGCUGAUUUUGGCAUCUGGCGCAAUUUUGUCGCAAAAGACCUGAUCAAUGGCUUGCCCUCGACGACCUACGUUCUCAUCACCGAUACCAAUCUCGGAUCCCUCUAUACCGCUACCUUCCAAAAGUCUUUCGAGGCUGCCGCCGCCUCGGUCACUCCAGCCCCUCGGCUCCUCGUCCACAAUGCGGCUCCUGGGGAAAGCUCCAAGUCACGGCAGACCAAAGCCGACAUUGAAGAUUGGAUGCUAAGCCAAGAUCCACCAUGUGGCAGAGAUACAGUUGUCAUCGCAUUGGGUGGUGGUGUGAUUGGUGACUUGACUGGAUUUGUUGCAUCCACCUACAUGCGUGGUGUGCGCUACGUGCAGGUCCCGACCACAUUGCUCGCCAUGGUCGACUCCUCAAUUGGAGGAAAAACCGCCAUUGAUACUCCUCUCGGCAAGAACCUCAUCGGUGCUAUCUGGCAACCGUCGAGAAUCUACAUUGAUCUCGAAUUCCUCGAGACCCUGCCUGUUCGGGAAUUUAUCAAUGGCAUGGCCGAGGUUAUUAAGACUGCUGCCAUCUCAAGCGAAGAAGAGUUUACUGCGUUGGAGGAUAAUGCGGAAGCUAUUCUGGCCGCUGUGCGCAGCGAGGUGAAGCCUGGUCAGGGUCGUUUUGAUGGAAUCCGGGAUAUUCUGAAGGCUAGAAUUCUAGCAUCGGCACGCCACAAGGCGUACGUUGUCACUGAAGAUGAGCGUGAGGGAGGUCUUCGCAAUCUACUAAACUGGGGUCACUCAAUUGGACAUGCCAUUGAGGCGAUCCUGACCCCUCAGAUUCUUCACGGCGAAUGUGUCGCAAUUGGCAUGGUGAAGGAAGCCGAGCUUGCGAGGCAUCUGGGUAUCCUGAAAGAUGUCGCUGUGGCUCGUGUGGUCAAGUGCAUCUCAGCCUAUGGCUUGCCCACUUCCAUGAAAGAUGCACGUGUUCGCAAGUUGACUGCUGGCAAGCACUGCUCUGUGGAUCAACUACUGUUCAACAUGGCUUUGGACAAGAAGAAUGAUGGCCCGAAAAAGAAGGUUGUGCUCUUGUCAGCAAUUGGCCGCACUCAUGAGCCGAAGGCCAGUGUCGUCUCCAAUUCCGAUAUUGCUGUUGUUCUUUCUCCCAGCGUCGAGGUUCACCCCGGAGUGCCAAGUUCGCUCAAUGUAACUUGCGCACCACCCGGAUCCAAGAGUAUCUCCAACCGUGCCCUCGUGCUUGCCGCGCUUGGCUCUGGUACCUGUCGCAUCAAGAAUCUUUUGCACUCUGAUGACACCGAGGUCAUGUUGAAUGCCUUGGAGCGACUCGGUGCGGCGACCUUCUCCUGGGAAGAGGAAGGUGAGGUUCUCGUUGUGAACGGCAAAGGCGGAAAGAUCGUCGCAAGCCCUUCGCCUUUGUACUUGGGUAAUGCCGGAACUGCUUCCAGAUUCCUUACAACCGUUGCGACCCUCGCUACUCCCAGUAGUGUUGACUUCAGUGUUUUGACUGGUAACAACCGGAUGAAGCAAAGGCCUAUUGGCGACCUUGUCGAUGCUCUUACCGUGAAUGGAGCCGGUGUCGAGUAUAUGGAAAGCAAGGGCUGCCUUCCUCUUAAGAUUGCUGCUUCAGGAGGCUUCGCAGGAGGAAAGAUCAAUCUGGCCGCCAAGGUUUCCUCGCAGUACGUCUCUUCGCUGCUCAUGUGUGCUCCGUACGCCAAAGAGCCAGUCACUUUGAAGCUGGUCGGCGGUAAGCCAAUCUCGCAGCCUUAUAUCGACAUGACCACUGCGAUGAUGCGCUCUUUCGGUAUCGAUGUGAAGAAGUCCACCACUGAGGAACACACCUACCACAUUCCCCAGGCUAAUUACGUGAACCCUGCCGAGUAUGUCGUGGAAAGCGACGCAAGUUCUGCGACAUACCCCUUGGCCAUUGCUGCCGUUUCUGGCACCACCUGCACCAUUCCUAACAUUGGCUCCAAGUCCCUCCAGGGUGAUGCUCGUUUCGCUGUGGAGGUUCUCAAGCCCAUGGGCUGCUCUGUUGUACAGACUGAUACUUCCACCACAGUUACUGGACCUGCUGAUGGCAUCUUGCGACCGCUGCCUAAUGUCGACAUGGAGCCCAUGACAGACGCCUUCCUUGGUGCUUCUGUUCUUGCGGCUGUUGCCCGGGGCAAGGACUCAAACCACACGACCCGGAUCUACGGUAUCGCCAACCAGCGUGUCAAGGAGUGCAACCGCAUCAAGGCCAUGAAAGAUGAGCUCGCCAAGUUCGGUGUCGUGUGCCGUGAGCACGACGAUGGUCUUGAGAUCGACGGUAUCGACCGUACAACCCUUCGCCAGCCUUCCGGCGGUGUGUUCUGUUACGACGACCACCGUGUCGCCUUCAGCUUCAGUGUUCUCUCUUUGAUCGCUCCUCAGCCCACCCUUAUUCUGGAAAGAGAAUGUGUCGGCAAGACUUGGCCUGGCUGGUGGGACGCUAUGAAGCAGAUGUUUGGCGUGAAACUCGAGGGCAAGGAGCUCAAGGAAGAUGAGCAGCUUUCUUCGAGCGUUGAAGAGCGGAGCAGAGCGUCUGUCUUCAUCAUUGGUAUGCGUGGCGCCGGAAAGACCACCGCUGGCAAUUGGGUUGCCAAGACCCUUGAUCGUCAGUUCAUCGAUCUUGACACGGAGCUCGAGACAUCUGAGGGUAUCACCAUCCCCGAAAUGAUCAAGACUCGCGGCUGGGAGGGCUUCAGGGACGCGGAACUGGCUGUCCUUAAGCGCGUCUUGAAGGAUCACCCCACUGGUUAUGUCUUUGCCUGCGGCGGAGGUAUUGUUGAGAUGCCAGAAGCACGGAAUUUGCUUGCCGACUACCACAAGAACAAGGGCAAUGUUCUUCUCAUCAUGCGCGAUAUCAACCUGGUGAUGGAGUUCUUGCAGAUUGAUAAGACUCGCCCAGCCUACGUCGAGGACAUGAUGGGCGUGUGGCUCCGACGCAAGCCUUGGUUCCAGGAGUGCAGUAACAUCCAGUACUAUAGCCAGCACUCAUCCUCAAAUGAACUGGCUCUUGCCUCCGAGGACUUCAGCCGCUUCAUGCGGGUGGUCAGUGGUCAAGUCAACAGUCUUGAUCUCAUCAAGAAGAAGAAGCACAGCUUCUUCGUCUCAUUGACCUUGCCUGAUCUCCAGCCCGCGGGUGAUAUCAUCACCGAGGCCUGUGUCGGCUCUGAUGCUGUUGAGUUGCGUGUUGAUUUACUGAAGGACCCUUCAGCCGACGGCGAAAUUCCCUCGGUUGACUACGUCAACGAACAAUUGUCUAUCCUCCGCCGCCGUACCACUCUACCGGUCAUUUUCACCAUCCGCACCAAGAGCCAAGGCGGCCGCUUCCCUGAUGACGCCCACGAUGCCGCAAUGCAGCUAUACCGACUGGCAUUCCGUACAGGAUGCGAGUUUGUGGAUCUUGAGAUCGCUUUCCCUGAUUCCAUGCUUCGUGCCGUUACUGAGAUGAAAGGUUACUCCAAGAUCAUCGCCUCGCACCACGACCCUAAGAGCACCCUGUCAUGGUCCAACAUGUCCUGGAUGCAAUUCUACAACCGUGCUCUGGAGUACGGCGAUGUAAUCAAGCUUGUUGGCGUUGCGAAGACCCUUGAUGAUAACACUGCCCUUCGGGAGUUCAAGACCUGGGCUGAACAGGCCCACGAUGUCCCGCUGAUUGCGAUCAACAUGGGCGACUCUGGUCAGCUCAGCCGUAUCCUGAAUGGCUUCAUGACCCCAGUUUCUCACCCCAGCCUUCCCUUCAAGGCCGCACCCGGUCAGUUGUCCGCAGCAGAGAUCCGCCGCGGUCUGUCCCUGAUGGGUGAGAUCAAGGCCAAGAAGUUUGCCAUCUUCGGUUCUCCCGUCUCAGUCUCACGGUCUCCCGCCCUUCAUAACACUCUCUUCGACACAAUGGGUCUUCCUCAUGAGUACACACGCCUGGAGACCACCAACGUUGAAGAUGUUAAGGACUUUAUCUCCGCCCCCGACUUCGGUGGUGCCUCGGUUACAAUCCCCCUGAAGCUGGACAUCAUGCCCCUCCUCGACGAAGUCGCUCAAGAGGCUGAAAUUAUUGGCGCCGUCAACACCAUCGUCCCCGUGCCCAACGGCGACAAGCCCCCUCGUCUGGUCGGCUACAACACCGAUUGGCAAGGCAUGAUCCAAUGCCUGCGCAACGCAGGUAUUUACGGCUCCACCGGAAACGAGAGUGGCGUUGUCAUCGGCGGCGGCGGUACCGCCCGUGCUGCCAUCUUCGCCCUCCACAACAUGGGCUUCUCCCCGAUCUACGUGGUAGGCCGCAAUGCCAGCAAGCUUGAGAGCAUGGUCUCGACCUUCCCGACGAACUACAAUAUCCGCGUUGUCGACAACCACGCCCAGCUCGACACGGUGCCCCAGGUCGCCAUUGGCACAAUCCCCGCCGACCGCCCCAUCGACCCUGCCAUGCGCGAGACGCUCUGCCACAUGUUUGAGCGCGCUCAGGAGAUCGACGGUACGCUUAUCGGCAAGACUUCUGACACCAGCAAGCCUCGCGUUCUCCUCGAGAUGGCCUACAAGCCUUCUGUCACCGCCUUGAUGCAGCUUGCCUCCGACGCCAGCUGGACCACGAUUCCUGGACUUGAGGUCCUUGUUGGACAAGGUGUGUACCAGUUCGUUCACUGGACUGGUAUCACCCCUCUGUACCACGAGGCAAGAAAUGCUGUUAUGGGUACUGAAUCUUCAUAA